GAAAACUAUAAAAUGACAUGAAGCCAGGGCAAUCAUAUGUACAACGUCAUUGCAUGCAUGCAAUAUAUCCUAAAAACAACAAGAGACAAUUCUCACAUAAUUAGAAAGAAUAACAUCAUCAGGUGUUAAUCAAGCAUGGGACCUUUAAAUCAGCACAUUAGUGUAACUUUUCUAGUGUCAUUGAUGAUCUUCACUCUUUUAUCAGCAGAUCCCUCAAUUGAAUUUAUGCCCUAUGAUGAUAAUGAUAUAUCAGCAUCCAUACUGAAGCCAAUGGCGCCUCCACCGAAGUCGCCGCAUCCUCCCGCGCCAGCGCCUUCCAAGCCGACGCAUUCAUCGAAACCUCCCGCGCCCGCACCAUCCAAGCCGACUCAUGCACCGAAAGCUCCCGCGCCCGCACCAUCCAAACCGACUCAUGCACCGAAAGCUCCCGCGCCCGUGCCUUCCAAGCCGACACAUGCAUCAAAAGCUCCUGCACCCGCACCUUCUAAGCCGACGCACAUCCCAAAAGCUCCUGCACCCGCACCAUCCAAGCCGACUCAUGCACCGAAAGCUCCCGCCCCCGCACCAUCCAAGCCGACACACGCACCUAAAGCUCCCGCCCCCGCACCAUCCAAGCCGACACAUGCAUCAAAAGCACCCGCACCUGGACCAUCCAAGUCGGCACAUGCAUCGAAAACUCCCACGCCCGCACCAUCCAAACACACAGAUGCGUCGAAAGCUCCGGCGCCUGCACCAUCCAAGCCAACUCAUACAAUGAAAUUGGCUCCACAUCGACCAGCACCCUCACCAAGGGCACCGUUGCAUACACCCCCACCAGCACCAAAGCUCCCACCGCCAACACCAAAGCUUGGACGAAGGCUUGCAUAAUUGCCACCACAUCCAUCACCCAAGUCAGCACCUAAGCCAACUCCAAAGAGUAGCUAGAUCAUAUAUGCGCUUAUUUAAUUUUAAUGUGUACCUACAUCUAAAUAAAUUAAGAUUGAAAUAAUGCAAACUCAAUGUGAGUUGCUUGUGGUGUUAUUGUUUACCUCGAUCGCCAUGGUGGCGGGGUUGUAUACUUGUAUUAAAGGAAAUUCUUGAAUCAUACUUGGUUGUAAACUUUCAAGUUC